CAGCGCGCGGCUGCGAGCAGGAACCGAGCUGCAGCCAUGGCAGAGAGCAAGAGCGGGGGAGCCGGGCUCUUCGCCAAGCAGGUCCAGAAACGGUUCAGCCGGGCGCAGGAGAAGGUUUUGCAGAAACUGGGCAAAACGGUGGAAACCAAAGACGAGCAGUUCGAGCAAAGCGCGUACAACUUCCAGCUGCAGCAGAAUGAAGGCAAUAAACUCUACAAAGAUCUCAAGGCUUUCCUUGGCGCGGUGAAAGUGAUGCACGAGAGCUCCCGGAAAGUGGCCGAAACGCUGCAGGAGAUUUACAGCACCGACUGGGACGGUCACGAGGAGCUGAAAGCCAUCGCAGAUAGCAAUGACCUCCUGUGGGACGACUACGAGGCGAAGCUGGCCGACCAAGCCCUGCGGUUGAUGGAGAACUACCUGGCUCAGUUCGGGGACUUUAAGGAGCGCAUCGCCAAGCGGGGCCGUAAGCUGGUGGACUACGACAGCGCCCGGCAUCAUCUGGAAGCUCUGCAAAGCGCCAAGAAGAAGGACGAGGCAAAAAUUGCCAAGGCCGAGGAGGAGUUUAAUAAAGCCCAAGCGGUGUUCGAAGACCUGAACAGGGACCUUCGGGAGGAGCUGCCGGUUCUGUAUGGCAGCCGCAUCGCCUGCUACGUGACCAUCUUCCAGAACAUCUCCAACCUCCGCGACGUCUUCUACAAGGAGAUGAGCAAGCUCAACCGCGACCUCUACGAGGUGAUGAGCAAACUGGACAAGCAGCACUCCAGCAAAGUCUUCAUCAUUAAAGGCGUCCCCAGCAACCGGCGCUCGCUGGUCAUCUCCUCGCCGGUGAGCCCCCCGGCCAUGUUCCCCUGCCCGGGGAAGGCACCAGACUGGCAGCCCGUGGUGGAAGCGGAGGCGAUGGCGGAGUCCCCUGGGGUGGGCAGCGGUGCCACCGACGCCGUCUCCAACGGGGAGCUGGGUGCUGCCGUCCCCGGCCCGCCACCGGCUUCGCCCGCCAGCGGUGGGUCCCUGUCGGAGUCGGCGUCGGUCUCCAGCGAGGAGGCCCCAGAGCCCGGCCCCAGCCCCGAAGCUCCGUCCUGCGAGCAGGGGACAUCAGUGGCAGGGGCCCCCCAUCAGCUGGGCGGCACGGCCACCAACGGCGAGGGUCAGGCAUGGCCCCAGGAGCCACUGUCCCCCGCCCCGGCUGUCCCCUGCGAUGCCCCAGGUCCCACGGCAGAGGCACCGGCGUGUGCGUCCCCGGGCGGCGGGCAGGAGCCGUGCCGGCUCAGCGGUGCCGCGGGCGAGCACAGCGACUCCGAGGAGAGCAUGGAGGUGAUGGACAUCGAGCCAAAGGUGGCCAAAACUCAGAUGGGGCUGGAUCUGGCCCUCGACGCGGCACCAAGCGGCUGCCCUGGGGACGGCGGUGCCCCCUCUGGCUCCCCAGCCGAGGAGCAGGGCUGUCCCGGGAUGCCGGAGCAGGACACGAGCCAGGACGCGAGCCGGGACCCCCCACCAGCAGCGGACGCCCCCCAGGACCCCACCGAGACCCUCACCUCCCUGUGA